GGAGAAGCAUCGCUUCGCAGAUUGGAGCACAAGUGACGGCAUCUGACACAGUGCUGAAGUAGCCUCCGCCUCAUAUACCAUGCAACGGUGCUCUUUUGGAAGUAGGAUGCUGUCGCCUGCAAAUAGAACGUGACUGAACUACGGUGCACCACCAGUGCAAUCCGGAUUUAGUCAAAUCCUCAACGAACAGCAGUCUCAACAAGAGCAUUGUUGUAAUCGGCUUCUCCACACAGGGAACACCCAUCGCUCCAUUCAGAUUCCUGCUUUAUUCCUCACCUUGUCAGGAGAGGACAUCUUACUAGUCGGAACUGUUCACGGAGCUCAACGCGCGUCCAGGAGUUAAGAGUUUAUAAAGGGUUUAUGAAAAAUUGCUGGUAUCUCGGAAUUGUCAGCAACUAUUAGGCUAAUUGAACAGUCCGUUUUAGAUAUUAUCUUAAAGACGCUGAUCAUGUGUUAUACGAGAACUGAAUAGUCGUGUAAGUUGUAGGCUAAUAUAAUUCAAGGAUUCAUUUCAUCAUGAGUACUAACGGUCCUUACCAGCCCGGCUCCUACAGCAGCAGCAGUGGCAGCAGUGGGGGCGGUCGAGGCCAUGGCUCCUCAUCGACCAUCCACUGCCAACGCUGCAGGGACGUCUGCAAGGGCGAGGUAGUACGCGUCCAGAACGUCCACUUCCACGUUAAGUGCUUCACAUGUCAAGUGUGCGGCUGCGAUCUGGCGCGCUCCGGAUUCUUCCAGAAGAGUGGCGAGUACAUCUGCACGGAGGACUACCAGCGGCUAUAUGGCACGCAGUGCGACAGCUGUGGCGAGUUCAUCACGGGAGAGGUGGUCUCAGCCCUGGGCCGAACCUACCACCCCAAGUGCUUUGUCUGCAGCCAGUGCAGGAAGCCAUUUCCCAUCGGGGACCGAGUGACGUUCUGUGGGAAGAAGUGUGUUUGUCAGCAGUGUUCCCACUCCCUCGUCAGCACCAAUGAGCCUGUCAAGAUCCACGGACCCAGCCACUGUGCAGGCUGUAAUGAGGAGAUCAAGCAGGGCCAGUCCCUCCUGGCUCUGGAGAAACAGUGGCACGUCAGCUGCUUCAAGUGUCAGACCUGUGGCACUGUGUUGACCGGGGAAUACAUCAGCAAGGAUGGGAUUCCGUACUGUGAGUCAGAUUACCACACCCAGUUUGGAAUAAAGUGUGAGACUUGCCAUAGGUACAUCAGUGGGAGAGUUCUUGAGGCAGGAGGGAAGCACUACCACCCCACCUGUGCCCGCUGUGCCAGAUGCCAUAUGAUGUUUGCUGAGGGGGAGGAGAUGUAUCUGACAGGCUCAGAGGUCUGGCAUCCCACGUGUAAGCAGUCGGCACGGAUGGAGAAGAAACUCAGACUAAGACGUACCUCUGAGGCCUCUAUCUCUCCUCCUGGAUCCAGCAUUGGCUCUCCAAGCCGCGUAAUUUGUGCCAAAGUGGAAAACGAGAUCCUAAAUUAUAAAGAUCUGGCUGCGCUGCCUAAGAUUAAGGCUAUUUAUGACGUGCAGCAGCCCGAUCUCAUUCCCUAUGAGUCUUAUCACACAUACUGCUCUGAUGACAGACUAGAGCGCUACAGCUAUGGGGAGUCCCUGGGGACUCUUUCUCCUUAUUCUCAGGACAUCUAUGACAGCAUGGACAUCCGGCACCGGCGCUCCUCCAGUCCCGGCUACAUCGACUCGCCCACCUACAGCCGGCAGGGCAUGUCCCCCACAGUGCCCCGCUCACCCCAACUCUACUACCGCUCGGGCACUGAGAGUGGCAGGAGCUCUCCCUAUUACAGUCAGCUUGACGCCAGAUCGAGCACGCCCACCACGAACCCAGCACCCAAGCAUUUUCACGUGCCAGUCAGCAGAACAUCUAUGUCGAUGUCCCCCGGCGCAGCUACAGCGGAGACCAACAUCUACAGGAAACCUCCCAUCUAUAAGAGACAUGGUGACUGUCACCACGAAGCCACAAAAAGUAAAACCAGUGAGGAUAUCCUUCACUCCUCUCAGCUGUCCUCGUCCUACUCGCCAGACCACUGCCAACACUCCGAGUCUGACUACUACCACUAUUCCAGCUCCCCUAGAGCCCCUCGAGCGCGGAGGUUCUCCUCAGGUGGCGAGGAGGACGGGUGGAGCCAGAGCCUGAACAGAAUCCAAGGCGGUAUUGGUCGGAUGAUUCUAAAAGAGGAGAUGAAAGCCCGAUCAGGCUCGUAUGAUAAUGACCCCUGGGGAAGCGCACGCAACUCCCGCAGUGGCAGCAAAGAGGCCCUGCACAACAUGGGCUACAGCAACACUGUCAAUGGAUCUCCCCGGUCACACUACAGUGCAGACAGUGACUCCUACAUCUCCAAGUCAGCUUCUUUGCCAGGUUAUGGCAGGAAUGGUCUGAGCAGGCCCCAGAGUGCGGAUUAUUACCAUUACGACAGCAGUAAUGCUGUAAACUGGGGAUACAGAGACUACAAGGUAUAUCCAUAUGAAUCUCUCAUAGUGACCAUGAGGGGGCGCAGUCAGCUACCCAGUGAUGUAGACAGGACAAAAUUAGAGCGUCAUCUAUCACCAGAGGAGUUCUAUCAAGUGUUCAGGAUGUCAGUGGCCGACUUUGACCGACUGGCACUGUGGAAACGGAACGAACUGAAGAAACAAGUGCGACUGUUCUAAGUGCCCGUGCUCAACGCCCAGCCUCCGCCUCAGGAUUGCUCUGGACAGGGUUGAAGGAGGGACCAUUAAAAUGGAGCCUGGCCACCCCAAACUGCUCUCUGUAGCGGCACCAGUUGGACUGCUUGACACAGAAAUGGUUCAUGGCACUAUAGACCCCCAGAGGAGGUUCGGAGACGCUUAGGGAAGUGCAGGGAGUUGGAUGGGUGGGGGGUGGCCGGUUGAGCUGCUGCUUUCUCCUUUGAGCCACGUGCACUAACAAAAAUGGAUAGACUUAGAGACUAUAGAAUUCACUGAAGAGGCCACUAAUGCUUUCAGUUUUUUCUGUAUGUGUGUGUGUGUAUGUGUGUGUGUGUGUGUGUGUGUGUGUGUGUGUGUGUGUGUGUGUGUGUGUGUGUGUGUGUGUGUGUGUGUGUGUCUGUGUGCGCGCGUGUCACCCCACACUACACAGCAAGCUCAGUUUCAAGAGUUAAGAGUGGUUGAAAGUUGCCUUAAAAAUUAUCACAGAGUGUUAGUUAAGAACACCAGCAACUGUGGAAUCCGAAUGUUUAUAUCAGCGAAACAGAUUCAGUGUGACUCAGACUGCUUGGGGAGUGAUGGCUGGAAAUGCGUGACAGAUCAUAAGCACUGUGUAAAAUGACAGGUGAACAUAGGAGAGAGAGUCCUAUGAUGCUAUAUUUCACUAACAAGAAUUUAGUUUGAACUUAAUGAAUGGAUUGGUUGAUACAUUUACUGUUCAUGUGUUUGAAAAAAGGAGUGGUUUUUGUUAUUUGCAUACCAAAGUACUGGUAAAUCAAAUAUAUUGACAUGUUAUUUUCUGUUUACUUACUCUUUGUCCAUGAUCUAAACUUAAUGUACACAAUUUGAGUUAGUAAACUGACUGACGCAUAUGGAUCCAAAGAAUGUAUAAUAUAAUGGCAUCAAGAA